GCCGCCUGUUUCGACUUCUUUUUUUCUUUUUUUUUUUCUUUUUUCCUUUUUGGGAAGCUGUUUCGACUUCCGAACCGUGUGGAGCGCAUUGGCGGACUACUUGGCGGUUCAAAAUCGUGUGGAAGCAGCAGUUGUCCUGCCAGUGCGCAACUCUUUUGGCGUGUAUUGCCGCGUCCCCUCCAGUGCGCGCGUCCCAUGCCAGUGCGCGAUUUCAUUGCUAACGCGGCAACAUUCGUUAGGAUGCGAGCUAGAGAAUGAGCGGGGGAGAGGUCGACAUUCGGAAACAUUUGGGUUCGAUCCUCUGACUUGGAGGAAGCUUGGACUAAAAGAAGGCGAGGGACUCCUCAGAAUUUUGGUUUUCUGAUGACAUCAACUGUAAGUUACUGUUCUCUGACAUAGAACAGUCACUGUUUUUGGAUAGGGAAUAGUCUGUGACGUCAACAGUGUGCAAUAGAUCCUCUGUCGGGCACCAAGUCCCUCUUGAGGCACAAAGAACUAUUGCAGACGUUAUCUUUCUUUUUUUUUUUUUUUUUUGAAAAGGUAGGGAUCGAAGGGUUGGAAUGGAGUAGAACUGUGCCUAGGAGUCCUGUGCCUUGUAGGAAGUCGCCAGGAAAGAGGGGGAGGGGGGGGGGGGCUUGUCCAUCGCUUGGAAAGUUUUUUGUCGAGAGUUGGUUUCAGAAGUCAAACCUGAGGAUUUUUAGCAGGCUACAGCGGAUUUGUUAAGGCACUCUUUGAAGGUGUCAUAUGGAAGAGGCGGGUGGUGGCGAACCUCUUGGUAUCCCGUCUUCCGCUAUGCCGGCCGCAGGUUUACUGCAAGUGACUGAGCGGUCUGCAGAUGGGAGCCCUGUGCUCAACACGGGUAUUGGAGAAAGUCUGAUGCACGUGCAGCCUGAUGUUUCUAUUGUUCUUGGUGAUUCGGUUGUUGAGGAACCGGGAACACUAUACAUCACUACGAAGCGGAUUAUAUGGUUCAGCGAGGCGGUCCCGGACCCAGUGAAGUCCUGCAAAGGCUAUGCUGUGGAUUUCCUGUCCUUGGGGAUGCAUGCCAUCUCCAGAGACACAGAGGCCUUUGCGCGGCCAUGCAUAUUCGCGCAGAUUGAGAACGGCUCAAUGUGUGAGGACUACCCUGACAAUGAUGAGCCGGAUGAGGAGGAGGUAGUGGACGGCGUUGGAUUACCUGAAGUAGAUUUAUCGAGAGUCUCCGAAAUCCGUCUUGUCCCGGAGGACACGACCGUAUUGGAUAGGCUGUUUCAGGUUCUAUGCGAGUGUGCAGCUUUGAAUCCGGAUCCCGAUGGUCCGGAGGACGGGGAAGGAGAUUUCUUUUACGAUGACGAGGAGGUGAAUGGCCACCUCACGGAAGAAGGAGCAGCUAUGGUGGAUCGCUUAGAGAGUCUCUUGCAGGUUCCUCCGCACAUGCUUGGUGGUCGAUAUAAUAAUGAUCAGGAUGAUCUUCAAAGAUUUGAGGAUGCUGAUGGGGAUACCGUAGACGAUGAACAUGACCGAAUCUGGUCAAACUGAAUAUGCGAAAGAAUUUUGAGAUAGUUAGCAGAAUAGAACUCCGUAAGAGAUGGUGAGGAGGAGGUGUUGUGUCCGGCUCUGCCUCGGUGGAAGUACUUGACAGUUUGAAUGGCUGCCAAGGGUACUUCUUUUUGGGCAUCGGCAGAACCAUCAAAUUCCUUGUUGUGAGAGUGUGCGGACAUGUGCCGGAGCAAUCAUCCUGGAUUGUCUUCUUGCCUGCAACUUACACCACACCUUUGUUUUAUGGGGGGUUUUGUGCUGUUCUCCCCCUUCUUCGAAAGCGAAAAAGUCUGUGAUUCUUGUCAACCAAUGUGAUCUGUGCAUAUUUAUUUCACGUGUGCUUUUCAAGAGUCACUUUCCAAGAGUCAUGCGUGCUCAUGGUGUAUACCGGGUUGGUAUUUAUUUUGCUUUGCAAGUCUUGACUCUGCUUUGCUUUGCAAG